AUGGCCGAUUCCACUCCUCCUUCCCACGUACAGGCCCCCGAAAACCCUGACCCCAACCCCACCGGCCGCCCCUCGCCCUACCGCGGCAUUCGCCGGCGAAGUGGCAAAUGGGUAUCGGAAAUCCGCGAGCCGCGCAAGUCCAAUCGCAUCUGGCUAGGCACUUAUCCCACACCAGAAAUGGCUGCCACUGCGUACGACGUGGCGGCCCUCGCGCUACGUGGAGCUGACGCAGUGCUUAACUUUCCUGACGCGGCUCGGUCGCGUUCUGCGCCCUUGUCGGUUUCGCCGGCUGAUAUACAGGCCGCUGCAGCGGCAGCGGCUGCAGAGCUGGAGGCACGGAGUGGGGCGGUGGAGGCUUCCGAGGCGCGGGUGGAGGAGUUAGGUGAUUUUGUGGAUGAGGACGAAUUGUUCGAUAUGCCGCAGUUGCUGAUGAACAUGGCGGAGGGGAUGUUGAUGAGUCCGCCGAGGCUGAGCCCGCCGCAGUCGGAUGAAUCAGCGGGAGUUUUGGAAGGGGAGAAUUUAUGGAAGUUUGAUGAGUGA